AUGCGAGAAUCCCAGUCAUCCGUUGUUAUCAUUCGUCGAUAUGAGGCCAAAAAAGAUUACGACGAAGAAGAUGAGGAACUAGUUUACUGGUAUUAUGAAAACUGA